AAUCGGAGAACGCUGGGAGGCGGUCGGGUAUUGGGCAGCGGCAAGAGCAUCGGACCUCCACGGCCAGCGCCAUCGCCAUCGCCAUCGCCAGCACAGGAACCGGCAGUGCGCAAUACAGGCUUGUUGUCGCCCUCCGAGAGCUCGGUGUCCCUCAGCUCACACACCUCGAGCACGCCGAUAUCGACCGACCAUGAAGACCUCGCAUCCCGCAUCGCCCUGGACGGCGACGGGGUGGCUCAAGCGGCCGCAGCGGCCACGAGUCGUAUGGUCUGCCCGAUAUGCAACGAAGAGAUGAUGACUCUACUCCAGCUGAACAGACAUAUCGAUGACAACCACGCCAAUCUAGAGGAGAUCGAACAAGAUGAGGCCAAGACGUGGUUCAAGCAGCAGAUGACCAAGGCCAAGAAGUUCCAGCCGCUUGCCUUGAUCAACCAAAAGCUGCGGGGGUUGGAGGCCUUCGAGUCUAACAAUGAUGUUCCUCCCAUACUGAGCCAGGCUGCUCGUAUCGUCACGGAAGGGCGAGAGCCUUCCCCUGCGCCGGCACCGAAGGCACCACUAGCAGAAGCGCCCCAUCCAGAUGAGGUUGUGACCAGAGCACAUUGGCAGCGACCCCACGGCGGCGAAGCGUGCUCGGAUCCCAUGUGCGGGAAGCGACUGGGCCCUGCAAACGGCCAGAUCAACUGUAGACACUGUGGGAAGCUCUUUUGUGAAGAUCACACCAUGUAUCAGAUGAAGCUUUCGCGGGCUGCCCAGCAUGAGCCUGUUCGCGGUCUGUGGUGUCGUGUAUGCGAGACUUGCUAUAAAAGCAGACCCGGCUACAACGACCACACUGGCUUUGAGAGGAACCACACAGACUUCUUCAAGACUGCAAGACGGAAACAUGUCGAUAAGCACUAUCUCGAGCAGAGCAGGUUGGAGACCAGACUCACGAGAUUAACGCAACUUCUCGCCGAUCCGCCGCCACCCGACCAAAAUCAAAGCACGACCAACCUGCUGUGGUCUUCGAUCGCUGGCAACAAGAAUCAUCUCCGCGCGUUGGAACAGUCUGUCGUGCCUUGGGAAGACGAUGCUUCUAUCCACGAAUGCCCGUUCUGUCAGCAGCCCUUCUCACAGUACAGCCUCCGCAGACAUCACUGCCGAAUCUGCGGGCGUGUCGUUUGCGGCGAUCCUGCAACAGCAUGCUCAUCGGAGAUUGGGUUCGAUGUUGAGACGAAAAAGCCAGGGGUCGGCAAGAUCGCAGUUGACGUACGCAUGUGCAAAGAUUGCCAAAGGACCAUCUUCAGCAAGGCCGACUUCGAACGAGAGCUCAAUGCGUGGCCGCCUGAUCAGCGUGCCUUCAACAAUCUCAUUCAGUUCGAACAUGGUAUUAGGCUACUUCUUCCAAAGUUUCAGCGAUUGCUUGGUCCACUUCAGGAUCCGGAAAAUCCGCCGACACCAGCGCAGUUGGCAGAGGCAUCGAAAGUACGGAGACGACUCAUGGAUGCUUUCACGCAGUACGAUGUGGCCGCGCGACGAAUACGCGACCUCCCUACCGAAAGUCCCACCCAAGAGCGGUUACAGAAGGCAAUCUACUCUCAAGCCACGAACUUCUUGCAUAUUCACAUGUUGCCAUUGAAGUCUCUGCCCAAGAUAAUGAGACAUGCAACACCAAACGGAAUGCGAGGUCCAGGCCAAACAGCUUUGUCGGCCAUUAAUUACAACCGCAUUGCGAACGGUGGUGGAUCCAGGCCGAGUUCCAGUCGCGCCAGCAGCGAAAGCUCGGUCGCUGUCACCGCCUUAGAAGCUGAGGAGAAGCAGCUCAAAGAGCGCUUGAUAGUGCUCGAGGAGCAGAGAUUCUUUGUCUCCGAGAUGAUAGCAGAUGCCAACAAAGGCCGAAAAUUCGACGAAGUAUCAGCGCUUAGUCAAAAUGUGGAAGAGAUCACCAAAGAAGUCGACCAGAUCCAAGCCCAGCUAGCUGGUAUGGACUUCGCAAGCGCAUAUGUCAUCAAGUGAGACCAGCUGAUUCGAGGACUUGUAAAAUAACAUAUCAAGGGAAGGAGCUGAAUAACAUCUACCAGGCCGUGGAUCUGGAUUGAAGCUGCGAGGAUGUCCCCAGCGAUCAGUUGGAUCAAUUGUGCUUGAGACCAGACCGACGAUGCCGUGAUCGCGUGCGACUUGAAGCUCUUCAGCCAGACAGGACUGGACCGGGAAAGAAGGAGGCCAUGAUACUUCAGACAAGGCUCUUGCUGCUGAGGAGGACCGGGAGCACGACUCUGCCUCAAUCCACCAAUGUAACCCGGGCAGAGGCACGGUCGCGGUAUGACUUGCGCGCCGGCAUGAUAUAUCCCCGAUCGCCAGAACAUAGAGGAUAGAUAGUCACGAAGGAACAAGCAUUAGACGAUUC